UGAAUGAUAAGGAAGCAAUAUAAAACACAGCAAUGAAAGGGUAGCUCCUAGUUUCUCUGUUCAACGUUCAGCUACAACCAUGCUGACAUGGACGUUGUUGGUUCUGUUUCUAGGCCUACUCUACUGGUUGUCCAGGAAGCCAAGCAGUCUUCCACCAGGACGGUGGGGCCUCCCAAUAAUUGGAUACAUCCCUCUCUAUACCAGUGAUGUCAGAAAAAUCAUCAGUGACCUGAGGGAAAAAUACGGAGAUAUAUUUACUUGGAAGGUUGGCAGCCAUGUGAUGGUCUUCUUCUGUGACUAUGAGCUGAUCAAGACCACAUUCAACAGGCCUGAAUGUCAGGGAAGGCCUUCCCUGUUUUCUUUCAGUCUUAUUAGAUUCCACGAAAAUGCAGGAAUUUUGUAUGCAGUUGGCGAUGUCUGGGUACAGGGCAGGAGGUUCGCCCUUAAACACCUGAAGGAUUUCGGCAUGGGAAAGUCUUCCCUUGAGGGUGCCAUCCAGUAUGAGGCUCAGAACCUUGUAGGGACUUUUGAGAGGACGUCUGGGAAACCCAUAGAAAUAUCUUGGUGUCUCAACGUCGCUGUGUUGAAUGUCAUCUGGAAGCUUGUAGCAAAUAUAAGGUACGACACAGAUGACCAAGAAAUAAUAAAAUUUAAUACCAUCCUGAGAAAUAAUAUAGACUUAGUCCAAGGAAGACUCCAGAUUCUGGAUGCGUUCCCAUAUCUGGUGAAAAUGCUCCCCAGAUUUGUCCUCGAUAAAGUGUUCAAAGUGAAAGUAGUCUAUGAUAACAUGGAAAAAUUCAAAAACCUCAUGCUUGAAAUUAUAGAGACUCACGUGAAGACGCUGGACCCAAACAAUCCCAAGGACUACAUAGAUGCCUACCUCAUACAAAUUCAGAAAGAGAGGGGUAACCUUAGUACCAUGUCCAAGGAAGACUAUUUCGACCUUGUCAUAACCCUUGAUGACUUCUUUGGUGCAGGAAGUGAGACGACUUCAUCUACCAUUCGAUGGCUGAUCGCUCUCUUGGCCACCCAUCCUGAAAUACAGACAAAAAUGCAAAAGGAAAUUGAUGAGGUGGUUCCGAGGGACACACUACCUUCUCUGCAGGAUAAGGACAGAUUGCCAUACACUGAGGCAGUUAUACUCGAGGUAAUGAGGUAUGCCUCUUUUAUACCUAUAGGCAUUAUGCAUGCAACCACAGAAGAGAUCCAAGUGGGCAAAUACCGGUUACCUAAGAACACAGCAAUAUUUGCCAGUGCCAGGAGCUGCCACAGAAACCAGAAAUAUUUCGAGAGACCUGAGGAAUUCUACCCUGAGCACUUCCUUGACAAAGAAGGCAAAGUCAUCAUGAAGAAGGAAGGCUUCCUUCCAUUUUCUCUUGGGCGACGCCAGUGUCUGGGUGAGAGCUUAGCCAGAAUGGAGCUGUUCAUCUUUGCAACUUCUCUCUUUCAGAGAUUCACUGCUUCACCCCCCAAGGGGGGUUCCAUUUCUUUGGAACCCGAUUGCUUCCAACCCCUCCUUAGCUUUAUCCCACCAUAUGAGGUUGUAUUGACAAAGAGAACUUGAAAAUAAAGUUUAGUUGACUUUU